GCGGCAUCGCGACGCUUUGCUCUCGGAACUCGGUUUUUUUUACGUCGAAGACGAACGAUGACAAAAAAUGACACGGAGUUUGACAAGUUGCCGUUGCUGCUUCUGAAUUGGGAACGUCAAAAAUCUUUCAAAUAUGUACCGGCUUCUAAUAGGAAUACGUAAAGGACGUUGUUGGAUUGUUUAGGGGUUUAGUGGUAGUUUUAAAGUGACUGGUGUUAUGUUAAAGUUUCAAAUACCAAUGGCUCUACGAUUGAUGUGCCUGUUCUCGAUAGAGGUGGUAGUGCUGUGCGACGUCCUAGAAUCGAACAGUUGCAUAUUUAAUCCGAUGUGUUCAUGCUCAGAAGACCAAAACUAUCUCAAAACUCGAUCUAUGCACAGUAUUACCUGUUUGUCAACGCAGUACUACAAAUUUCCAAAUGUACCAAAAGGCCACAUUAGCCAGCUGGAAGUUGUAGGUUCUGAAAUAUCGACCCUUGAAUCGGACAGUUUGGUUGGCUGCCAACUUCAAGCUUUUGUAUUCAGUAAUAAUUACCUUCAGCAUAUAUCAGAGAAGGCUUUUAGUUCAUCUUGGAAAAACCUGACAUCUCUGGAUCUCAGCUACAACUAUCUGGACAAUACUCCAUUUCCGGCGUUGAAAGAAGUAAAACAAUUACAGUGGCUCAAUUUACACAAAAACCAGAUUUCUUCAGUUAGCGGCGACUGGUCCGAGAUGCGCUUUUCCCUAACAACCCUCUUUCUCGGCGAGAACGACAUCCCCGAAUUGACAGAUUCAGCAACCCCCUCCUCGCACGAAGACCUACGACAACUCACCACCCUUAUCUGGCUGAAUCUCGACGGCAAUCGCAUUCAUAAAAUCCACAAACACGCCUUGCCCACCACUUUGCAAACAGUCAGCUUGUCGUAUAAUUUAAUCGACCAUUUUCCCCUAGAUAUAAUCUCCACUAUGCCACAGUUACAGUGGCUGUAUCUACGAGGGAACUACAUAAAAACCAUUCCACAACAUACGUUCUCUAAGAGACUGUGGAUACAGAAGAUCGACCUUAGCGAGAAUUACCUUAAGUUCCUCCCUACCAUCCCUUUUAACAACUCUAUUUACAUCAAAGACUUGAACUUGGCUCUUAAUGAUUUCAUUACUAUAGCACCAAAUAGCUUUUCUGGCUUGGAAUGCAGAAGAAUUAUACUGUCGUACAAUCAAAUCGAAAAAAUUGAAGACGACGCGUUUCAAGGAAUAUCAGAAAUACUCGAAUAUCUCGAUCUAAACCACAACAGACUUACCACAAUACCCAGUGCAAUAACUCAACUAACCUCAAUAAAAUACUUAUAUCUAUCGUUCAAUUAUUUAAAUGAAUUCCCAGAAGAAACAUUGGAAAGCUUUAAAGACAGUUUGAAAGCUCUAAGUCUCAGUGGGAACCACCUAUCCAAAAUACCGUCCAGUGCUUUGAGAAAUUGUUCAAAAAUCACUUAUCUUAACAUCGGGUUCAAUCAAAUUCACAAAAUAUACGAAGAUGAUUUCAUUGACUGGGGAAAUUCAAUUCAAACUCUUAUUUUGAAUAACAACCGUAUAAGUCAUUUAAGUAACGAAAUGCUCAUAUACUUAACCGACUUGAAAGAACUAAGCUUGAGUUUCAACCCUUUGAGAAACAUCGAGCGAAAUACUUUUUUAAACCUCACAAAGUUGGUAAGUCUGGAACUGUCUCACAUAUUUGAUCGUGACGAUCUUCCCUUUGAUUUUUUUCAAAACCUGGAAAACCUACAAAUACUCUCUUUGGAUCACAAUAAUUUUCACGAAAUCAAGCCAGAAUCUUUUGAUUUUUUACCACAACUAACCUAUCUUAAUUUAGAGUACAACAAAAUCAGUGUUAUACCUUUUGAUUUGUUUAAAAGUGAUGUUCAUUCAAAACUAACCAACUUAAGGUUAUCGAAUAAUGAGAUAAGUCAUAUAGAGUCCAGGACUUUUGAGUCACUGGAUGGAAUGAUAGAAAUCAUCAUGUCGGAAAACAAAAUUCGUUACUUACAGGCUGAAUCUUUUCGAAAUAUGUCAGAUUUAAGCAGAGUGAUUCUCUCGAAUAACUUGAUUUCUCAUAUUAGUUCAGGAGCAUUUUCAAACCUACCUUCAUUAAGAGUACUUGAUCUUCAAUACAAUCAACUAACUAAAAUAUCAUUUAAAUCUUUUUUACAUACAACCAUGCCGCUGUAUUUGAAUCUCAGUUUCAACACUUUAUCUUCUUGUGUUUCUGAUAAAUCUUCUCUGAGGUUAGAAGUUUUAGAUUUACGUUAUAACUCAUUCACAGUUAUUCCACAAUGUUUACAGCAUGCAGAAUUUCUCAAAAAACUCUAUUUAAACUCGAAUUCUAUCCUAAGUUUGGAAUACAGAGACUUUAUGUCUUUGUUUCUGCUGAAUACUUUGGAUUUAAACAGAAACCAAAUAUCAGUUCUGGAUAAAAAUGCGUUUUUUGGUUUGAAAGACUUGCAGGUUCUGGAUUUGUCCAAGAACAUGAUAAGUCACAUUCACAGUACCCAGUUCAUUGAAAAUCGCAAACUGAGAGUCUUGAAUUUGAGCAGGAAUAGUUUAAACUAUUUACCAAGAGGAGCUUUCAAUAAUACACUGUUAGAAUUUGUAGAUUUGAGUUACAACGCGUUUUCAAACGUGCCAAGUUCUACACUGGUUGAUACAGGAUUAACUUUGAGACAUCUAAGUUUACAGUCAAAUAAUUUAGAACAUAUCGAUAUAACAACUUUUCCGGAUAUUUCUUUUUUGUAUCACCUGAAUUUGAGUAAAAACAAACUGACUAUUUUGCCUGAUAACGUUUUUACCAGUCUGAACUUGUUACAGCAUCUCGAUCUGAGCUCGAAUCCUUUAAGAGCUAAUUUUAAGGAACUGUUUCACUACGCUCAGAAUUUAAAGUAUUUAAACUUGGCUAAUACCGGUAUAACUCUCACUCCGAAUUUUCCUUUACCUAACUUAGUCCAUUUAAAUCUCUCGAUGAAUGGAAUAGAGUCGAUCAAUAAGAACUCCAUGUCAAAGUUGUCACGUUUAAAGUACUUGGAUUUAAGUAAUUGCAGACUUAACUACGUACCUUCACACUUAUGGCCGUACUUAACUAGCCUGAAAUAUCUGGAUUUAUCGUACAACCACAUAAAAGAACUGACUGUGGAUAGUUUUUACGGAUUAAAAUCUCUGCAAGUGUUGAAUAUUCAGCAUUUGAAAAGGCUCACGAGGUUCGAGGGUAAAGCUUUGACACAGUUACGGAUUCUGUCGGAGAUCCGUAUGCAAACCUGGCCAAACAUCGAGCAUUUUUAUGAGGAAAUGUGCUACCUGUUUUCACACGCGAAUCAGCUGAGGAUUUUGAGUAUAAAUAUAAUCGAACAUAUCGUAGAGGACCAGUUUUCUUGUUUGACCAACAGGAAAAUCACUCGGUUGGAGAUAACAGGGAGGAAUAUCCAGAUUGUGGAUAAGCACGCUUUUGCGAAGAUCACAAAGAACCCGAGUUUGACGAUAAAAAUCUCUGGGACUCAGAUAGCGGAGUUGCCUUCAGGGUUGUUCGUGCAUAUGAAGAAAAUACAGUAUUUGUCAAUAGACUUGUCGAAUAAUAUGCUGAGUUCGUUGGGCCCGGAGACUUUCUAUGGGAACAGUACUACGUGGGAUGAUAUUGGAACAACUUUGAUAUCAGGUGGAUUGCGACUAUCCGGCAACCGGUUCCGCUGCGGCUGCCACCUCGCCUGGCUCGGCCACUGGCUGCGCCGCUGGACCAGGGAGUCCCUCCAGGCCCACAGCGUCCCCCUGGAGUCCUCCCUCAAGGUGCAUCGCGCAGCCAAGGAGGCCACGUGCUGGGACUCCACGUCCGAGCGGCACGUGCCCAUCGUCAAGCUGCCCUCGAUGUACAUGAGCUGUCCGGCCAGCGCGCUGAGCAGCGGUUGCUCGAACAAUGGCCGCGAAUCGAAAUCUGUGAUACUAGUUUUAGUGGGGUUGGCGAUGACUUAUUUUAGUACUAACUUACGUAUUGUUUGUUACUGAACUUGUGGGUUUAUGGUGGACUAAAGUUUGGAAGUGUCUUAAAAAGGAUGUGACUGAAAUGAAGGGGGUUAGGACCAGUGAUAUAAUUUGUGCUGGAUUAAAUCAAUUUCUUGUGAUCUCGAUUUAUUAAAACUAGAUGAAUUUUUAGGAUAUGUUGAAGGUGGACUAGGGUGGAUGAUGAUAGUGUUAUU